UGAUUCCUAAAAAGACUUUUGCAUCCUAUUCAUUCUAGUGUGUGACAUAGUGCCAUGAUUCAGUUGAGCACUAGUAGCAAUCGCAGUGCGUUUUCUCUCUUUCGAAGUCUCUGAAUGUGUUCAGCAUUCGGAAAAGUCUUUCAGAAAAGGGUCAGCGAAUCCAAAGGAUGAGCGUUACUUGUAAGUAUAUCGAUGAUUUUUUUAAUGAAGGAUAGUCUUUUUUUCAGAUGGAGAUUAGUAGUGACAUGAUUCGUGCGUUUCAGAAAUCAGAAUCGUUAUACAAAAAAGAAUUAGUAAAAAUUAAAGCAUUAAUUGCUGCUCAAGAAAAAGAAUUUGAAUAUCACGGAAAAAUUUAUGCUGAAAAAGUUAAAUCGAUGGAGAAGGAAAAAGAACUUAUGAUAAUAUAUCAAAGCUUCAAGCUGAACAAAAAGUAGCUCAGGUUUUAAUUGUAGAAGGAAAUCAACGAUUAGAAAAUUCAUUGACAAAAGGUGAUUUUACAGAUGUAAAAGCUGCUUAUGCCUUGAACAAAAGUGGUAUGGAUAAAAUCAAAUCAAUCAAUGAAGAAAUGACAAAAAUCAUCGAAAAAAUAUCUAUUAUUCAACAAAAACGAGCUCGUGCUGAAAAUGAACAAUUGAAAAAGAAAAGUAAAUUAGUUUCUGAACAGUCAAAAAAUGAAGAUGAUCAAAUGUUUUGA